AUGGCGCCCACAGAAUCUAGUCAGCGGCUCGACGCUGAAGCUCUUUUCGACUCGGUUGGUCAGGCCUACGAAUCAGCCUUCGCCGACUGCUCAGCGCAGAGAGCCUCGGUCACCUGGCUUCUCGAGCGUCUUCCUCCUCAAGCCUCACUGGCCAUAUCGUGCUGCGACUCGCAACGUUCCAGAAGCAUCAUUCGAGAAGAUCGACAUCAAAGACUUCGAGCCGCCAAUGGAAAACAGUAUGAUGCGAUCACAGUCUACUUCAGUAUGAUUGCGAGUGUCACGCAGGAGCAGAUUCGGGAGUCCAUCGCGAAGAUCUACUCGUGGCUCAAGCCGGACGGACUAUUUAUCUUCGCUACGGUCCCUAUCAGUGGCGAGAACAUGGAUAUAGCCUGGAUGGGCCGUCCGAUUGUGGCGAGCAGUCUGAGCUCGGAGGAGGUGCUUGAAGUCAUGAAAGCGGCCAAGUUUGAGGUGCUGAAGGUUGAGAACAGUAAGUACCUGCCACGGGCAGCUCAGGCUGGGAUUUGCAAAGAAGAAGAUGUUUGGGAGGAGGAGCAUCUGUUUGUGUAUGCGAGGAAGUGA